ACCAUAAAACCAAACACCCACCCAAAAUAUAAUGGCCGAUAACAACUGGGAACAAGAGGACCGCCGCUCCGAGCAGCCUUACGACCGCGACCACGACCGCGACCAAGAGAUGCGUGAAUACGACGCUGGCCGUCGUUCUGCUUCUCCCCGUGGUGGCGACAGGUCUCCCAGGCGCGACAGGUCUAUGUCCCCGGGACGCGCUCCCCGUGGCCCUCGUGAGGACCGUGGCGGCGACGCCGAAGGUGCCCGCAAUUCUGGUAGCAACUUGUUCGUUACCGGUAUUGCUACCCGUCUGACCGAGCCCGAGCUCAUUGCCAUCUUCAAUAAGUACGGUACUGUUGCGAAGUGCCAGAUCAUGCUUGACCCUCACACCAAGGAGUCCCGUGGCUUCGGUUUCGUCUGCAUGAGCACCCCCGAGGAGGCUAACGAGUGCUGUGACAAGCUCACUGGUGAGGAGCACUUCGGCCGUACUCUCAGCGUUGAGAAGGCCAGGCGUUCCAGGCCUAGAACCCCUACUCCUGGAAAGUACUUCGGUCCCCCCAAGCGUGAUGACUUCCGUGCCGGCCCUCCCCGCCGCCGUUUUGAUGACCGCGAGUUCUACGACCGCAGGCCCCGUUACGAUGACAGGCACUACGAUCGCCGCGACCGUUACGAUGACCGCCCCCGCUACGACGACCGCUACGACGGCCGUUACGAACGCCGCGACAGGUACGAUGACCGUCGUGGUGGUGACCGCGGUGCCGAGCGUGGUGCCGAGCGCGGUGCCGAGCGCGGUGGUGACCGUUACGACGAUCGCCGUGGCUAUGAGCGUGCUCCUGCCGGUCCUCCCGCCGGUGGCCGCGACUAUUACGACCGCGACGGUCGCGACAGCGGUCGUGACAUGUACGACGCUGCCCCCCGCCGUUAAGUUACGAGGAACCGAUGUGCGAUGCUCGGUUAUGAUUACGGAUCAGUUUGGAAAUAGUCGGCUUCGGAUCGAAAAUUUGGCUGCGCGGUAUCGGUUUCUUUCUCGUUUUUUCAGUACUCUGUUCGCGUCCUGUUCAGCCUUUGCGACUGUGAC